AUUCAAUGCUCUUGAAACCUCAAUGUAUUUUGGGAACGAGAGAAGCUCCUAGGACUAGGCUUGUCAAGCGCCUAGCAUAACUAUACCUCCAAUAUUGAGAUAACGCUGAGAUGUACUCCCGCUAUAUACCACCACCCAGGGGAACCUCAAAUUCCCUAAAUACGGAGCCACUCGCUGUUACUCCUCAGCCCUCUCAAACCCCCUCCAAACCACAACCGACUGCCUACGCCCGAUAUGUUCCACCACCGAAAUCCAGUCAACCGACGUCGGUUAAUACCACAUCUUCUCAACAUGUCCGGUUUGAUGAGGAUGACACCAACCGGGCAGAUUCACCUGCUAAGAGGGUCAAACUAGUACAGGACAAUACUGCUGCCCAAACUUCAGACCAGGAAAGAUCCAAGUCGAAAAAGAAAAAGCGCAAGUCCAUACAACUGAGUGGCCAAUCUGAUGACACUGACCAUGCUGAAAAUGGUGCUAUUGAAGCAUCGGAAGUGCAAAUCGGAGAGGAGAGAGAUGAAGCCAAUGCUUUAAAUGAUGGAGAAACGCUACACACGCGGGAGGAUGUGACACAGAAAACUAGAGAAUCACCUCCUCCUAUAGAUACAAAGGCCGAUGAAUCUGGAAAGCGAAAAGCCAAGAAGAAAAAGAAGAAAAUCGAGGAUGCGAGCCAAACUCUAGACCAAACCGAAGAUUAUAUUCCCCACCGCUUUCAAGCUAUCUUGAACAAGAAAACAAAGUCUAUACAAAUAGCUACAGAACACCAGCAAGACGAUACUACUAUAGAUGGAGCAGGACUAGUGGCCAGCGACGAGUCAUCCCAGCAGAAGGCACCCGAGGUCGAACUGCAUGGUCUAGAACCCAUUCCUCAACCAGAGCCAGUGGCACUGGACACAAGCACCCCUUCAUAUGAAACGUUACCACCUUGGUUGGCAUCACCAAUCCGAGUUUCUAUGGAUGCAUCUGCGCCAUUCACCAGCUUUGGUUCAACUCCGGAUUUAGGCAUUACCCCUGAAAUUGCUGAACGGUUAGCCUCGAAAGGCUAUAAGCAGGCAUUCGCGAUACAAACGGGAGUCAUACCGCUUCUGCUCCCUCAUCAUUGCAAAACGAGGCAAGGAGAUGUACUAGUAUCUGCUGCUACUGGCUCAGGAAAGACCCUUGCCUACACAUUACCUGUUAUUCGUGAUAUCAGUCAAGGCAGUCGGUAUGUUACCAGGCUACGGGCGUUGAUCGUAGUUCCUACACGCGAAUUGGUGAGACAGGUGCACCAGGUUUGCGAAGAUUGUGCUAGCAUUUUCGCUCUCGAUGGGGCAAAACGGCGCCCCAGGAUUGCGAUGGCUAUGGGAAGCCAGUCGUUUGAGCACGAACAAGCUUCCCUUAUAGAGAGAGAAGAGGUGUAUGACCCUGAAGCAUACCAGCGAAGGCUGAAGCGCUUAGGUCGUUCAAGUGCGUCUGGUCAGGAUAGCGAUCACGAUGAAGACUCUGGCUAUAAUACUGAAGACGAGGAGCGAGAUGCAAUACGAAGAAGAGAAGACAAAAUAAAGACUUUGCCUAAUUACGUCGUCGCAUACAAAUCGAAGGUUGAUAUUCUGAUUUGUACUCCGGGCAGACUAGUCGAACACAUAAAAUUCACACCGGGAUUCUGCUUGGAUUUCGUCCGCUGGCUUGUUGUCGAUGAAGCCGAUAAGCUACUCGGUCAAAACUUCCAGCAGUGGCUAGACAUCGUCGUUCCCAAGCUACAAACUCAGAAUCAAAUGGGCUCUCGGCACCACAAGCAGUCGAAUCUUUGCCGUGUGCGUAAGGUUAUCCUUAGUGCUACAAUGACCCGCGACCUCGACCAAUUGGAAGGUCUCAAGCUUCACCGACCAAAGCUGGUUGUGCUGGAGGGCUCCAAGACCCGGGAUGAUGUCGCAGAUGAUGUUCAUCAGGCGGAGCACGUACUGCCUCGAAUGCUUGGGGAAGCCGCUCUUAAAGUUAGUGAUCCUAAUCUUAAGCCACUAUUUCUUAUAGAUCUGCUUCGAAGUCGUCAUGUCCUUCACACAGUCAACGGUACCGAAGGAGGCAUAUCAGAUGAUGAUGAUACCUCUUCAUCUGGAUCAGACUCGGACUCAGAUGACGAUCUCAAUGGCUCGAAGAAAUCUGUGACCCCUCUCAACAAUUACUCGAAAGCGCAAAACAUGCCUACUGUAUUGAUAUUUACCAAGUCGAAUGAGACAACCCUGCGUCUAUCGCGUUUAUUGGUGCUACUAGCGCCCACGUUUGAUGCCUUAAUUGGUACUCUGACCUCAACUACGCCCUACGCGACCCGCCGUGACACACUGCGGUCCUUCAAUGCUGGGAAACUUCGAAUUCUAGUCGCAUCUGAUCUCGUGGCUCGUGGCAUUGACCUGCCUUCACUUGAUCACGUCAUCAACUAUGAUAUGCCAUCAAGUAUAGCUUCAUAUGUUCACCGCGUUGGGCGUACAGCGCGUGCUGGGAAUGCAGGCAAAGCUUGGACGCUCUUCACAAAUCCAGAGGCAAGAUGGUUCUGGAACGAAAUUGCAAGCGGGAAGGUAAUAGAACGAAGUAAACCUGUCGAGCGAGUCAGAGUUACAGAGGAGAAGGAAGAGGCGUUCGAUGAUAAAGUGACUGCGUAUGAGGCAGCCUUGGAAAAGCUCGGCCAGGAAGCAGGACAGCCGCGUUAUAAUGAUAGAAAGGAGUAGCAACUUGGGCUUGUAUAACAUAGCGUAUGAAAGAGGACAUGCAUGAUCGAACCCCAAAGUAAUAUGUAUAGUCAUUAGACUUCUGGAUCAUUCCUCGAGAGUCCAAUCGUUCCCCUUUCUAGCUCUGUUUUCUGCCUCUUCCUCAUUCUCUCGUCCUUCCUCUAUGAUUAACAUUCUAUGCGCCGAAAGAUGUCCAAAGCUCAUCUCUGGUGGAUGUAUAAGUCGAUCUCGCUAAGUUUUGCGGGGAACCCUCGUAGGUACCUACAGUAGGUAACUAGGCAU